GGUGGCGUCACGUGGGAUCCACCUAAGCUCCACCCCUGACCCCUGAUUUCUACACCCAGCGGCCCCGUUCCUCUUUCUUUUUCCACAUCAUGGCGGACCGCUUCAAUAAGGUUCUGCUGCUUGAUGGCAGAGGCCAUCUCCUUGGUCGUCUUGCCGCUAUUGUGGCGAAGCAGCUUCUGCUUGGCCAGAAAGUGGUGGUGGUGAGGUGUGAAGGGAUCAACAUUUCCGGAAACUUCUACCGCAAUAAAUUGAAGUACCUGGCUUUCCUUCGGAAGCGGAUGAACACCAACCCUUCACGUGGACCGUACCACUUCAGGGCACCCAGCAGGAUUUUCUGGAGGACAGUGAGAGGUAUGCUCCCCCACAAAACCAAGAGGGGACAGGCUGCCCUUGAGCGGCUGAAGGUGUUCGAUGGUAUCCCUCCUCCCUUUGACAAGAAAAAGCGUAUGGUGGUGCCUGCUGCUUUGAAGAUUGUUCGCCUGAAGCCAUCUCGCAAGUUUGCCCUGCUUGGCCGCCUGGCUCACGAGGUUGGCUGGAAGUACCAGGCCAUCACGGCCACCCUGGAGGAGAAGCGGAAGGAGAAAUCUAAGAUGCGCUUUAGGAAGAAGAAGGCUGAGCGAAAGCUGCAGAAGGUGGCAGAGAAAAAUGUGCAGAGCAAAAUUGCAAAAUACACUGAUGUUCUGAAACAAUAUGGCAUCCUUGUAUGAGCUGGCUUUGACUCAUCAAAAUAAAUGUUUAUAGAAAUUA